AUGGAUUUAUCAAAUACGAAUUUUCUUGUGCCGAAGGAACUGUUUGGGAUGAAACUAAAGAAUCUUGCAAUUACCCUUAUGCCGUUAGCGGAAAAUGUAAUAAUGCCCAAAGUUCAAACCAGGGUACCAACCAACAAGGAAAUAAUAAUCAGCAGGGUUCAAACCAACAAGGAGAAAAUCAGCAAGGAUCAAACCAACAAGGAUCUAAUCAACAAGGUUCAAAUCAACAAGGAGGAAAUCAGCAAGGAUCUAAUCAACAAGGAUUCAAACCAGCAAGGGAGUAAUCAGCAAGGUUCAAAUCAACAAGGAGGAAAUCAGCAAGGAUCUAAUCAACAAGGAGGAAAUCAGCAAGGAUCUAAUCAACAAGGAUCAAACCAACAAGGAGGUAAUCAGCAAGGAUCUAACCAACAAGGUUCAAACCAACAAGGUUCAAAUCAACAAGGUUCAAACCAACAAGGGGGUAAUCAGCAAGGAUCACAAGGUUCAAACCAACAAGGUUCAAACCAACAAGGUUCAAACCAGCAAGGGAGUAAUCAGCAGGGGUCUAACCAACAAGGCUCUAACCAACAAGGCUCUAAUCAACAAGGAGGAAAUCAGCAAGGAUCCGGCCAACAGGGAAAUCAACAAGGAUCAAAUCAACAGGGUGGUAGUAACCAGCAGGGCUCUAACCAACAAGGUGGUAACAAUCAGCAGGGGUCUAACCAACAAGGCUCUAAUCAACAAGGAUCAAAUCAGCAAGGCACCAACCAACAAGGUGGUAACAAUCAGCAGGGGUCUAACCAACAAGGCUCUAAUCAACAAGGAUCAAAUCAGCAAGGCACCAACCAACAGGGAUCUGGUCAACAGGGUGGAAAUCAGCAAGGGACCAACCAACAAGGUAAUAAUCAACAAGGGAAUAAUCAGCAAGGCGGUCAACAAGGUUCAAAUAACCAAAAUUGCAGUCAACAAGGCGGUAGUAACCAGGGUUCUUCUUGGAACGCGACCAAUGUAUCUAGUGGGAUUGGAACCAGCUGUACCACAGAAGGUUAUUUAGGAGAUCCCAAUGACUGCAAGAAGUUUUACAGAUGCGUGAGUGGUGGUAACAACGCUUACACAAGAUACGAAUUCACUUGUGGUAAAGGAACCGUUUGGGAUCCUGACUCUAUCACCUGCAAUUAUCCUUAUGCAGUAAAAGGAAAAUGUUCUCAAGUUGUCGAACCUCCAGAGCCUUCAACCGCAUCACCAGGCGGUGUGACUUCAACCUCACCCAUAGACAGCACCACUGAAUCGAGCUCGUCCACAGUAGGUGCGAGCACGCCUACCACGGACAGCACCACAAACCCUCCUACUUCUACUGAAGGAGGGUGGUCUUCCACGCAGUACUACACCACCACUACCUCAUCAAGUGGCCUGACAGAAAGUUCCACCCCUCCACCUACCUCAACUGCUGGAUGGACGUCUACUCAGUACUACACCAGUACAACUUCCUCGAGCGGCUUCACGGAAAGCUCGACGCCUCCGGUAACUUCAACGAUCGGUAGUACUUCCACAUUAGGUGGUGAGACUACCACGUCUGGGUGGUCAUCAACUGGAAUUACUGAGUCGUCCACUCUCAGCAGUACCGUGGAAAGUACCACACUUCUUUCUACUACCACUGAGGUCGGUUACUCCUCCACCACGCAAGGGGAUAAUACUGGCAUCACGGAACCCCCUACCACCAUGGAGCCCUGUCCCAUAGGCCAGUUAGAGGGAGACCAAGUGGCUCUGAUUUGUCCCACUGGUUUCAGAAGGCAUCCGAAGUAUUGCAACCUGUUUUACCAGUGCACCAAGGGCCAGAACAACCACGAUUAUAAGAUCUUGGUGCUCAGCUGUCCGGAUGGUGCGAUUUACGACAACGACAAGAUACAGUGUCUACCUCCGAACGAGACCCAGGCCUGCAAAGGGCAAAUAGCGAGCAGCAGGCUGUACAGGUGGUUGGAUGACAACUCGUUACCACCGGUGCAGAUAACCAGUAGAAGGCCCCUCUGUCCCCUGGAAGGCUUCCACGAGGCGGAGGAGACCGAGUGCAGCACCACCUUCAUAAGGUGCCAGAGCCAACGGACGGGCAGGCUGGAAGGGUACAUGUACCAGUGCCCCCAAGACUUCGCCUUCUGGAAGAUCAGCAGGAGGUGCGAGAGGAUGUCGAGGCUCCUCACUUGUAGGGGAAGCGACAUCUUCUACACCAGGUGGGAGAUCCCCACGGAAAACGACAACGUCUCCUUGAGGCGUAGAAAAAGUGCCAAUAUAGACUUCUAGGUGUUGCAUUAACCAAGAAAAAUGCUCUCGGAUUUGGUUGGUUCAAUCCGCCCUCGUGGGGCGAUUUGAGGGCCUAGAUUCGCCAGUAUUUUUACGUUCCGCCUAAAUUGACCAAUAACUUAAAUUAUUGUAAAUUCGACUGAUUUUCUUUGAACUAACUUGCCUUUAGUUCAUAGCGAAAUAACUUUGGCGGCCGCUUCUCGACGCAGAGGCGGCCGGCAAGCGGGUUCUGGUUUCGGGAUUAUUUAUUGUCAUAUUUAUUGAAAAAGACUAACAAAAUUGUGCCUUAUGAAAUUCCGUUAAUUUAUUUUACCAACCCUAGUUUAUAAUGUACUUAGGUUAGUGCUCGAAUGAUACGAUAGCCGAUGUAAUUGUCAAAUAAUAAAUGUAAAGAGUAUAACCGUCUUUUCA